AUGUCAAAAUCCGAUAUCUCAUACAGUUCCGAUGUAAAUGAGGCCCAACCAGCACCUGCAAAGCCGACAUUAUGGAACCGAUUCAAAACACACAUGAAGAGGUUCUGGUGGGUUUAUUUGAUCGCGAUCUGUGUGAUUGUCCUCGUCACUGUGCUCCCUAUCCUCUAUGUCGGAAUCCCUCAUUUUGCAGAGGAUUAUAUCAACAAGUACGAGUACGGCUAUGAUGGCCUUGAAAUUACCAACCCGCGACCAACGGCCUUCCACGUCAAGCAAAAGAAAUCCCUUGCAAUGGGGGGUGGAUUUAGUGGAAAGGGUCAUUUAGACCCGUUCAAUGCGACAUGUCGUGUCAAAGACACCAACAAGGUCUUUGGUGCUUUCUCCGUUCCUGAGAUCGCAUUCGGCAAUGGCGCUACUCUGGAUAUAGACCAAGACCUGGAACUGUCUUGUGUCGACUGUAUGUCGCAAAUUGCCACCAACGCGGCAUCUAACAUAAGCUCUUCUCUUUUGAUGGAGGGCGUAUCGGAUUUGCAUCUCGGGGGCUUGCCGACCGCUCAUUUGAAUAUUCGAAAGAUCAUGCACGUGGGCAGUGACAAUGGCGCAUUCAACGUCACCAGCAUAGACCUCCUGGAUCCGCCAGUUGAUGGAUACAAUUUCAAUGCCACGAUUGCCGUGCGCAACCCGGGUGUUUUCACUGUUGAGCUGGGGCGCGUGACAUUCAAUCUGACCCUAGGUGACAAAGACCUGGGCUAUGUCGUUUUACCCCAUCUAUUCUUGAGCAAAGAAGCGGCCAGUACAGUGGUCCUCGGCUCACUCGACAAAGAGAUGUUGAUCCACGAGGCCAUCGUCGGCGACGACGAUUUCGGUACUGUUACACUUGGUAUUCAUGGAAAAAAUUGCUCCUACAAUGGAGUGGAUAUUCCAUAUUUCACCGCAGCUAUCAAGGCUAUCUCUGCCCCUACAAGGAUCGAUUUGUUGCAAUACGUGUCGAGCUUGUUUUCAUGA